AAACAACCUUAUAAACCAGAGUCGUCGUAUCAAUGUAAUACGUUAAUACGUCUAUAUGUACAGCAGUCUAGAAGCACACAAUUCAAAAAGAGUACGGAUAUAAGAAAGAGAGGCAUUAACUCAUCUAGUCAUUCUUUCAGUGUCCAGCCAGAAUCAUCAUCAUGUCUGGCAAAACUGACUAUUUUUGUUUUAUUUUUUCAUUUUUUAUUUUUCCCGUACUUAUUCAGUCUGCAGCAUUACCAAAUUUAUCUAAACAAUCAGAUUCAAAAUGUGGAUAUGAGUCCUGUCCAAAAACUGACCCUAACAAAUUAAAUGUUCAUCUAGUGCCUCACACGCAUGAUGAUGUUGGCUGGUUAAAAACUGUUGAUCAAUAUUUUUAUGGAAGUAAUACUUCAAUACAACGAGCUGGUGUUCAAUAUAUUAUUGAUACUGCUAUCGAAGCAUUGAAACGUGAUCCUCAGAGAAAAUUUAUCUAUGUGGAAACAGCUUUCUUGUGGAAAUGGUGGUUAAAUCAAAACGAUGCAAAGAAAGCUGAAGUACGAGCAUUAAUUGAUGAAGGACGAUUAGAAAUCAUUGGUGGUGCUUGGAGUAUGAAUGAUGAAGCUACAACUCAUUAUCAUUCAAUCGUCGACCAGUUUACGUGGGGUUUCCGACGACUUAAUGAUACAUUUGGAGAAUGUGCUAGACCAAAAAUUGGUUGGCAAAUUGAUCCUUUUGGUCAUUCACGAGAACAAGCUUCAUUGUUUGCUCAAUUUGGUUUUGAUGGAAUGUUCUUUGGUCGUUUAGAUUAUCAAGAUAAAACAACCAGAUUAACAAAUAAGACUGCUGAGUUUCUCUGGAGAGCUAGUUCAAGUUUAGGUAAAAAGGCAGAUUUAUUUUCAAUCGCUUUAUAUAAUAAUUACUCACCUCCUCCUGGAUUCUGCUUUGAUGUACUUUGUUCCGAUGAUCCACUUAUCGAUGACCCAGAAAGUCCAGAUAAUAAUAUUGCAGUUAAAAUUAAAAUAUUUUAUGAUUAUGUGCAAAAACAAGCUAAUUAUUAUCGAACAAGUAAUCUUAUUCUUACGAUGGGUGGCGAUUUUACUUAUCAGCAAUCUGAAAUGUACUUCACAAAUCUGGAUAAAUUGAUAAGACAUACAAAUCGAAUGUAUGGAUCUCAAGUAAACGUCUUCUAUUCAACGCCUUCGUGCUACAUUAAAUCAUUAAAUGAAGCCAAUAAGUCCUGGCCUACAAAAACCGAUGAUUUCUUUCCAUAUAGUAGUGAUCCUCAUGCAUUCUGGACUGGUUAUUUUACAUCUCGACCAACAUUAAAAUAUUUCGAACGUAUGGGAAAUAAUUUCCUUCAAAUUGCCAAACAGUUAUCCGUUUCGUCAAUGUUAAUGGAUAGCAAAGAAUUAAUUAACUUCAGAGAAACAAUGGGAGUCAUGCAACAUCAUGAUGCAGUAACAGGAACAGAGAAACAGCACGUUGCUGAAGAUUAUGCACGACUUUUACAUCAACAUAUGACUCAAGGAGCAGCUAUAGUAUCAAAUGCUAUGGAAAAAAUGUCAAAGAAAAAAAACAUUAGUAAAGAAGAAGAAGUAGAUCUCAAGUAUUACUCAUGUUUCUUAUUAAACAUUAGCUCUUGUGAAUUUUCUGAAGGUUCCAGUAACUUUGUCGUGACUCUCUACAAUCCAACAAGCCAUGCACUAUCACCGUUUGUCCGGAUUCCUGUUUUAGGUUUAAAUUAUACUGUCAAAGAUUUCGUAGGAGCAGAAAUACAAACUCAAAUGGUUCCAAUUCCACGCUUUGUAUCGUCAAUGCCUGGCAAAAAGUCUACAGCAAUGAGAGAAUUGGUAUUCCGAGCUAUAGAAGUUCCAGCCUUAGGCUACCGAUCGUUUUAUAUCAGCGAAACAGAUUCUGGCAGUUCUGUUCAAGAAGUUGAUCGUCCAGCGACAGUUUCCUCAAUUGGAGGAAAUUGGUAUAAUAUCAGCGUAAAUGAUAAUGGCAAUGUUUUGAUAAAAUGGAAGAAAAUAGAUUUAGAAGUUACUCAAAGCUUCCAUUAUUACCAAGGAAUGAAGGGAAACAAUAGUCAAUUCAUAAAUCGAGCUUCUGGGGCUUAUAUUUUCAGACCUAAUCAAACAUCGCUCCAUAUUCAAUUUAAUGGAAGUUAUAGCUUUUAUGUAGGACCAUUGGUUCAAGAACUUCACUUAAAAGUAAACGAUUUCGUGAGUGAAAUAGUUAGAGUAUAUCAUGAGGAAAGAAAGAUAGAACUUGAUUGGGUUGUAGGACCGAUACCAAUUAACGAUUCCAUUGGAAAAGAAGUUAUUAUCAAAUAUGAAAGUAAUUUGAAAUCUAAAAAUACCUUUUAUACUGAUAGUAAUGGAAGAGAAAUGCUGAUGCGUGUUAGGAACUAUCGACCGACUUGGAACCUCAGUUUGGAAGAGCCUGUUGCAGGAAACUAUUAUCCAGUUACGAGUAAAAUCUUCUUAGAAGACAAAGAGAGAAAAAUGCGGUUGACUAUUUUAAAUGAUCGAGCUCAAGGUGGUUCUAGUAUGGCUGAUGGAGAGUUAGAAGUGAUGUUGCAUAGAAGACUGCUAAAUGAUGAUGCUUUUGGAGUGGGUGAAGCUCUAAAUGAGAGCGCUUUUGGCACUGGGCUUGUUGCCAAAGGAACUCAUUAUCUGGUUGGUGGCAAGCUGGAUGAUUUAGUGUCAAUGGCUAUGAUGGAAAAAUAUCUAGCUGUAGAAUUGGCACUCAGACCAUGGCCACUUCUUACUCCGAUAAAUAUGAGCUUUGAUCAAUGGCACAACACACAUUUAACACAGCAUAUUGGUUUACGGAAGCCUUUGCCAGCAAACCUUCAAAUUUUGACGCUCGAACCAUGGAAAGAUAAUAUGAUUUUAUUGAGGUUGGAGCAUUUAUUUGAAAUUGGUGAAGAUUCAGAACUUUCCCAGCCAGUUGAAAUUAAUCUUGUGGAUUUGUUCAUGAAUUUCGACAUAAUUGCAGUUCGUGAAACUAGUUUAGGUGGAAAUCAAUGGAUAGAAAAUAUGAAGCGAUUGAAAUGGCAAGCGGAAUCGAAUGAAAUUGAAGAAGAAGUAGAAAAUUUCAGUGAACUUACAAAGUCUGAAGAUGACAUUAUUAACGUCGUAAUGAAACCAAUGGAAAUUCGGACGUUUAUUAUUACAGAAUAUAAAUUUCGAUUAAAAGAAGAGAUGAAGUAGAUUUCAAUUACCUCACGAUUACUAAAAACUAAUUAAGAGAUUUUUUUAUCUCAAGUCCUUAAUAAAUAUUAUUUUACUAAA